AUGGCCAUAUCGGAGAAGUUGAUGACCAACAAGACCCCCCAGGUGAAAAGCGGCCGGCAGCGUGGGCAGAGUCUAGUGCGCGAUGAGUCGGCAACUUUCACCUGGAGCGAGACGGCGGGCUCUCUGCUGAAGGUGAACAUCCGAAUACUGUGCUUCUGCGGCGCGUGGCCGCUGUCCGACUCCGCCCUGGCCUACGCCUACGUCGGCGCCGUGCUGCUGGUGAGCCUCGCCAAUAUGGCCGAGGCCGCCCUGGGCAUCGCCUUCGGACAGGCCAGCAUGGACGAGAUCACGUUCGUGCUGCCCAACACGCUGACCACGGCCUGCGGCGUCGCCAAGCUGGCCUUCUUCCUGAGCGACCGCCGGCGCUACUUCGCCCUGGUGCGGCGCACGGACCGCCUGGCGGCCCCACAGGAGUGGCUGGCGGCGGGGGCGGCGGGGGCGGCCGAGGCCGUGGGCCGCCGAGUGCGCGCCUUCGCGCUCUUCCUGGUCGCACUCGUCUGCGUCCAGGCCGUCGUCUGGUUCCCCAUGCCGCUCAUCGCCAGCCCGGGAGAGAAGAAACUGCCGUUCGGGCAGCUACCCUGGAGCAACUACACACAGGUGCCAUUGUACGAGUUAUCAUACGCACUGCAGUGCGUCUCGAGUUUCACCAUAGCUAUCAUCACCCUCGGCUUCGACUGCCUCUUCAUGGGGAUCAUGGAGUUGACGGCGUUGCAGCUGGACUUGCUGAGCUCACGGUUGAGCAGCUUGCGUCUCGAUGAAGCGGCCUGCAGCAGCGAGAAGAGUCGCGGACGUGGCUGUGUGGCUCAGACCGCCAAAGCUCGCGACGCCGCCCACAGGGAGCUGUGCCUCUGCAUCGAGAGGCACCAGGAGAUCAUCAGGUUUACCAGAUACUUGGAAGAAAUGAUGAGUCCCAUUGCAAUGACGCAAUUCAUGUUUAGCGUCUUGUCCGUCUGCCUUCUGCUGUUUCAGGCAACAUAUAGCGACGACUUCAGCGCCGUGUUUCGGUGUGUGGCUUUCCUGCCCCUGCCUGGCGGCCAGAUGUACAUCUACUGCUGGGCUGCUCACCGCAUCACUGAGAAGGCGGAGGCGCUGUCGGUGGCGGCGUACAGCUGCCAGUGGGUGGAGGCCAGCAGGCGCUUCAAGCGCUCCCUGGCGAUCGUCAUCCUCCGGGCGCAGCAGCAGCUCGUCAUCACCGCCGGCCAUCUCUACCCAGUCAACAGGACCACCUUUGUCUCGCUUGUGAAUGCAUCUUACUCGUAUUAUGCGCUGCUGGGACAGAUCAACAAGCGUUGA